AUGGCCAAGUCCAGCGCGGAGCUCACCCGCGAGCUGCAAGACAGCAUCCGGAGGUGCCUGAGCCAAGCGGCUGUGCUCCAACAACAUCGUGUCAAGCUGGAGACGAAGCCCAAGAAGUUCGAGGACCGAGUGCUGGCCCUGACCUCCUGGCGCCUCCACCUUUUCCCCCUUAAAGUCCCAGCCAAGGUGGAGAGCUCCUUCAAUGUCCUGGAGAUCCGCGCCUUCAACACGCUCAGUCAGAACCAGAUCCUAGUGGAGACAGAGCGUGGCAUGGUGAGCAUGCGGCUGCCAUCAGCUGAGAGUGUGGACCAGGUGACACGACAUGUGAGCUCUGCCCUCUCCAAGGUCUGCCCUGGCCCUGGGAGUCUAAUCCGGCGUGGAAAUGCAGACACCCCAGAGGGGCCCCGAGACACGUCCCCCAACUCUGAGACUUCCACGUCCACCGCUCACAGUGUCUGCGGUGGCUUCUCCGAGACCUACGCUGCCCUGUGCGACUACAAUGGGCUGCACUGCCGUGAGGAGGUGCAAUGGGAUGUGGACACCAUCUAUCAUGCCGAGGAUAACCGGGAGUUCAAUCUUUUGGAUUUCAGCCACUUGGAGAGCCGAGACUUGGCCCUAAUGGUGGCAGCCCUGGCCUACAACCAAUGGUUCACCAAACUCUACUGCAAGGACCUGCGGCUGGGCUCUGAAGUGCUAGAACAGGUGCUACACACCCUGAGCAAGUCGGGGAGCCUCGAAGAGCUGGUGCUGGACAACGCCGGGCUUAAGACGGACUUUGUCCAGAAGCUGGCCGGGGUAUUUGGGGAGAACGGGAGCUGUGUGCUGCAUGCCCUCACUCUGUCCCACAACCCCAUCGAGGACAAGGGUUUCCUCAGCCUGAGCCAGCAGCUCCUCUGCUUCCCCACUGGCCUCACCAAACUGUGCCUGUCCAAGACUGCCAUUUCCCCUCGAGGGCUCCAGGCGCUGGGCCAGACCUUCGGGGCCAACCCGGCCUUUGCCAGCUCCCUUCAAUACCUGGACCUGAGCAAGAACCCUGGGCUGCUCGCCACAGAUGAGGCCAACGCCCUCUACAGUUUCCUGGCCCAGCCCAAUGCCCUGGUGCACCUGGACCUGGCGGGGACUGACUGCGCCAUCGACUUGCUUCUGGGCGCCCUGCUCCACGGCUGCUGCUCCCACCUCACCUACCUCAACCUCGCGCGCAACAGCUGCUCCCACAGGAAGGGCCGGGAGGCCCCGCCUGCCUUCAAGCAGUUCUUCAGCAGCACCUACACUCUGAGCCACAUCAACCUGUCGGCCACGAGGCUGCCCCUGGAGGCCCUCAGGGCGCUGCUCCAGGGCCUCUCCCUCAACAGUCACCUCAGCGAUCUGCACCUGGACCUCAGCAGCUGUGAGCUCCGCUCAGCUGGAGCCCAGGCUUUGCAGGAGCAGCUGUGGGCUGUCACCUGUGUGGGCAGCCUGGAUCUGUCAGACAAUGGGUUCGACUCAGACCUCCUGACACUGGUGCCCGCACUUGGCAAGAACAAGUCUCUCAAGCACCUGUUCCUGGGCAAGAACUUCAAUGUCAAGGCCAAGACCCUGGAGGAGAUCCUCCACAAGCUGGUGCAGCUGAUCCAGGAAGAGGACUGUUCCUUGCAGUCACUGUCAGUGGCAGACUCCCGGCUGAAGCUUCGCACCAGCAUCCUCAUCAACGCCCUGGGCAGCAACACCUGCCUGGCGAAGGUGGAUCUGAGCGGCAAUGGCAUGGAGGACAUCGGGGCCAAGAUGCUCUCUAAGGCCCUGCAGAUAAACUCCUCCCUCAGAACUAUCCUAUGGGAUCGGAACAAUACAUCUGCCCUAGGCUUUCUGGACAUUGCAAGGGCCCUGGAGAGCAACCAUACGCUGCGCUUCAUGUCCUUCCCCGUGAGCGACAUCUCCCAAGCCUACCGCAGCGCCCCUGAGCGUACCGAGGACGUCUGGCAGAAGAUCCAGUGGUACUUGGUGAGGAACAACCAUUCUCAGACGUGCCCGCAGGAACAGGCUUUCAGGCUGCAGCAGGGCCUGGUGACCAGCAGCGCCGAGCAAAUGCUGCAGCGGCUGUGCGGACGGGUACAAGAGGAGGUUCGGGCGCUGAGGCUGUGCCCCCUGGAGCCCGUGCAGGAUGAGCUGCUCUAUGCUCGGGACCUCAUCAAGGAUGCCAAGAACUCCCGGGCGCUGUUUCCCAGCCUCUAUGAGCUGGGCCACAUGCUGGCCAACGACGGACCCGUGAGGCAGAGGCUGGAGUCAGUAGCCAGUGAGGUGUCCAAGGCUGUGGACAAGGAGCUGCAGGUGAUCCUGGAGUCCAUGGUCAGCCUAACGCAAGAGUUAUGCCCCGUGGCCAUGCGGGUGGCUGAAGGGCACAACAAGAUGCUGAGCAAUGUGGCUGAGCGCGUCACUGUGCCCCGGAACUUCAUCCGAGGGGCGCUGCUGGAGCAGGCGGGGCAGGACAUUCAGAACAAGCUGGAUGAAGUGAAGCUCUCAGUCGUCACCUACUUGACCAACUCCAUAGUAGACGAGAUCCUGCAGGAGCUGUACCACUCCCACAAGAGCCUGGCCCGACACCUGGCCCAGCUAAAGACACUGUCAGAUCCGCCAGGGGGGCCGUGCCAAGGACAGGAUCUGUCCUCCCGGGGCCGAGGCCGGAACCAUGACCAUGACGAGACCACAGAUGAUGAACUUGGGACCAACAUCGACACCAUGGCCAUCAAAAAGCAGAAACGCUGCCGCAAGAUCCGGCCGGUGUCUGCCUUCAUUAGUGGGAGCCCUCAGGACAUGGAAGGCCAGCUGGGGAGCCUGGGGAUCCCCCCUGGCUGGUUCUCAGGACUCGGGAGCAGCCAGCCCACAGCUAGUGGCUCCUGGGAAGGUCUAUCUGAGCUGCCCACUCAUGGCUACAAACUAAGGCAUCAAACACAAGGGAGGCCCCGGCCGCCCAGGACCACCCCUCCGGGACCUGGUCGGCCCAGCGUGCCAGUACCUGGGACCCGUCAGGAGAACGGGACGGCCACCCGCCUGGAUGAGGGGCUGGAGGACUUCUUCAGCCGAAGGGUUAUGGAUGAAAGCUCCAGCUACCCCCGGACUCUGAGGACCCUGCGGCCAGGCCUCUCGGAGCCGCCACUCCCUCCACUCCAGAAGAAGAGGCGCCGAGGCUUGUUUCACUUUCGCCGGCCCCGGAGCUUCAAGGGGGACAGGGGGCCAGGGUCCCCCACCGUCGGACUCCUCCUCCCUCCGCCCCCGCCCCCGCCCCCGACUCAGGAGAGCCCCCCCAGCCCAGAUCCCCCCAGCCUCGGCAAUAAUUCCUCCCCCUGCUGGAGCCCAGAAGAGGAGAGCAGGCUCCUCCCUGCAUUUGGCGGGGGCCGGGGGCCUUCCUUCCGCAGGAAGAUGGGCACCGACGGGGCAGAACCUGGGGAGGGGGACCAGGCCCCUGGGACAGCACAGCAGCCAAGGGUCCACAGUGUCGCCCUUCCUGGGUUGGGAAGAGCCAAGGGUUGGAGCUUCGAUGGGAAACGAGAGGGCCCAGGCCCAGACCUGGAGGGCAGCGUCCAGCCUUGGCAGAAACGGCGCUCCUCGGACGACGCAGGGCCUGGAGCCUGGAAGCCCCCACCACCACCCCAAAGCACCAAGCCGAGCUUCAGUGCCAUGCGCCGAGCAGAGGCCACGUGGCAUAUAGCUGAGGAGAGCGCCCCCGCCCCCAACCACAGCUGCCAGAGCCCCAGCCCAGCAUCCCAAGAUGGGGAGGAGGAGAAGGAGGGCCCCCUAUUCCCAGAGAGGGCGGUUCCUGCCAGGAAUGCCAAGGUGAGAGACCCUCCUUUAGCUCUGCGGCCCCCCAAGCCGGUGGCUGUGCACAGGGGCCGCCGGCUCCCCCAGGAGCCAGGGGGCAGGGAGGAGGCUGAGACUGGGGGUGCGGCCCCAGGAAUGAACAAACCCCGACUGAGGCUGGGUUCCCAGCAGGACCAAGAGGAGCCUGAGGUCCAAGGGCCCCCAGAUCUGGGCCGCCGGACUGCCCCCCUGAAGCCCAAGAGGACACGGCGGGCACAGUCCUGUGACAAGCUGGAGCCUGAUAGAAGACAGCCCCCUGACCCCACAGGAGCCAGCGAGCCAGGAACAGGGUGACAGCCGCUGCAGCACCCCCC